AUGGCCGAGACGAGUGAAGAGGUGGCGGUGCUGGUGCAGCGGGUGGUGAAGGACAUCACCAAUGCCUUCAGGAGAAACCCGCACAUAGAUGAAAUUGGCCUGAUCCCAUGUCCUGAAGCUAGGUAUAACCGGAGUCCCAUAGUCCUGGUUGAAAACAAACUUGGUGUGGAGAGCUGGUGUGUCAAGUUCCUUUUACCGUAUGUCCACAACAAGCUCCUUUUGUACAGAACAAGAAAGCAGUGGCUGAACAAAGAUGAAUUGAUAGAUGUCACAUGCACCCUGCUACUUCUAAAUCCAGACUUUACCACUGCGUGGAACGUAAGAAAAGAGCUGAUCCUCUCAGGUACUUUAAAUCCAAUUAAGGACUUACAUCUGGGAAAACUGGCCUUAACUAAGUUUCCGAAGAGUCCAGAAACAUGGAUUCACAGGCGAUGGGUGCUACAACAGCUAAUUCAGGAAACCUCCUUGCCUUCCUUUAUGACCAAAGGAAACUUGGGAAUAAUUCCUGCAGAAAGGACACAGCAACUAAUACGAGAAGAGAUGGAGGUCUGUGGUGAAGCAGCAGGGAGAUACCCAAGCAACUAUAAUGCCUGGUCUCAUCGCAUCUGGGUUUUACAGCACCUGGCUAAGCUAGACACCAAGAUUCUUCUUGAUGAACUGUCUUCUACUAAACACUGGGCAUCCAUGCAUGUUUCAGACCACAGUGGAUUUCACUACCGCCAAUUUUUAUUAAAGUCUUUGAUUAGCCAAACUGUGACUGACGGUUCUGUAUUGGAGCAAAGUCCUUUGAGAAGUGAAUCAACUGUAGUUCUCCCGAAAGAUGAAGAAGCAGUGGCUUCAGCAGAGGAAUCAAGGAUAAAUCUUCCCCAUCUUCUAGAAGAAGAAGUUGAAUUCAGCACUGAUCUUAUUGAUGCCUACCCAGGACAUGAAACCCUUUGGUGUCAUAGGCGGCAUGUUUUCUACCUUCAGCAUCACUUAAAUGGCCCCCACACAUCUCAGGCGAUGGAGGUGGAUGGACUCAGUGACUUUAGCAAGCAAGGCUAUUCCCAGGAAAUCAAACGCCUGAAGCGGACCCCAGCUCCAGACUCCCUGGGCCUGGAAAUGGAGCACAGGUUCAUCGAUCAAGUACUGUCCACCUGUCGGAACGUGGAGCAGGCCAGGUUUGCCAAUGCAUACAGAAAAUGGCUGGUUACAUUGAGUCAGUGA